AUGACCAAUGACGGAGCUAUCAAUCGCUUGCUAUAUGCAAUACUCAGUCAAAAAUGUCUCAAAGAUAUUGAUUGGAAUAAAGUAGCACAUGAUCCUAUUCUUUCUCAAGAAAUUACAAACGGUCACGCUGCUCGAAUGCGCUACUCUAGGUUCAAGAAACAAAUGGACAAUGCAACAUCGUUGCCCGUCAAUUCCAAGAAGACUGCUACUCCUCGACGUUCCAGGGUCGAGAAGAAAAAAUCCACCAAGCGAGAGCCCAAACUCAAAAUCCAGAGGGAUAUUCUCGAUAGCGCAAACCUCCCCUUUCACUUGAAGUAUGAUUCUCAGAACGCUCACACGCCCCUCUCCAUUAACAUAAGUGACAUGGAGACGAAUUAUAGCAACUCGUUCCCCAUACUAGAUGUCGCCAAGCGUGAGCCCGCCACACCCAUCACUCCCCAGUCAAGGAUGAAGACCGAGUCCGACUUCUAUAUUUCUCUCUCCACUCCAGCAGAGUCCUCCCGUCUCGCAACCCCUUCCUCAAUGAACUCACCCACGUCUCCAAGCAGUCCCAAGUUCCCUCCGCCUGGUGUUGUUAGUUUCAACAGUUCCAUGAGCAGCACGGCAAGUCUUGAUAAUCGUAUGACGAACACUUCAUUCUUUGGUCCGCCUCUUCACAGACAAGCUGGAUACAAGGAGUCCUUCGGGACUGCGUAUCGAGACGAGGAGCAGAGACAUUACUUUGAUCCUUGGGCUCAAAGUACCAGUGGGUUUGAUGCCACCAGUAUCGAGGACAUGCAUGGCACGUUGUUCAAGAGGGAAGAAAACUACGAUGACGGUUCUUAUGAAUUCUUCUCGAAGUAG